CAAAAUAAUACCGCAAUGCCCGAACAUGAUAUUGUCAUUUCCAACAUUUCCAACUCUAUCAAUAUGGCUUCAUUUUCUAAAAACACUGAAAUUAAACUUGAACAUCUUUGUAGAACUUGUUUAUCGAAGGAAAAUGAUUUAAUUUCUAUUUUUGACGAGUGUUUUGGUAAAGUUACAUUAGACGUUGCAAUUUCCGCAAUUACGGGAAUAAAGAUCGAACAAGGUGAUGGUUUGCCAUCUACUGUAUGUCUCAGCUGUAAAGAUAAUGCUUCUAAAGCUUAUGAAUUUAAAAAGAAAUCCCAUGAGGCUGACACCACUCUGCGAGAUCUAUUCAAAAAGGAGGAGAAACAUCUUGUUGAAGAUAAUGGUACAUACCAGAAUAAUGAUGUAGGAGUAAAGACUGAGCAACAUUUAGUAGAUGAUGCUGAUGAUUAUUUGGAGUGGAAUGGAUUAGAAGAUUUGAAUGAUUUUGAACCAGUGAAGAAUGAAAAUUGUUCUAGAGAUGUUACAUCAGAUCUGCAGUGUAAAAACUGUUAUACAGUAUUUAACACAUAUAUAAAAUUACAAGAACACAUGAGAAAUAAAUGUUUAAAAGUUGAAUUUGAUGAUAGUAGCAGCAAUUAUUGCCCGUUGUGUGGUACUUGCUAUUAUGAUGCUGUUAAUCUAACUAAACAUAUGUGGGAUAGUCAUGCAGAUCUAAUGGGUACUAAGAAAAGAGGAAGACCAAAAAAAAUACUGACUGGUUCAAUAAUAAACAAAUUAACUGAAAAUGGAUUCCUAUUAAAAUCAAUUCCUUUAAGGAAGUAUAAUUGUACAUUUUGUAAAGAAGAAUUUAAAACCAAAGAAGAAUAUGGAAUGCAUCUUCCAGACCAUAAAGAUUUGAAAAUAUUCUGUUGUUUAAUAUGUAAAAAAAUGUACAUGAAAAAGAAACAGUUUGAUCAGCAUACUUGUAGUGAAGACAAAAAUAAUCAAAACAAGCAAAAUGAAGACAUACAAUGUGAAGAGAGUAAUUUAAAUAAAGCAAGCUUUCUUACAAAUAUGACUGUGCAAGAAAUAUUGAACCCCAAUGAUGAUAUGAAAAAUAAUCCUUUACUUGAGGUAUGUCGAGUUUGUACGGCAGUUUAUCUGUCAGAAGAAGAUCUGCAGCAACACAAUGACAUAGAUCAUCCAGAGUUAUCUCUUCGUUGUAAUUUAUGUACAAAGUUGUUUGCUUCUGUCAAAUCUGCUACUCGUCAUAGAAGUAUAUGUAAACAAACUGAGAGGAAACACAGGUGUAAUACUUGUGGACUCAUGUUUGCUUUUGAAAUAUCACUUAAUAAACAUAUAUUGAGGUACCACGAGGGACAGAGUGUGUCAGUAAAAUUCAUGGAAACUAAAACGAAAGAAGAUAAACAAUAUAAAUGUGAUACAUGUAGUAAAACUUUCUGUAGAAAAGAUUUGCUUAUAAAGCACUCCAGAAUGCACUCUGAAAAAUAUUUUGAAUGUGAUGUUUGCAAGAAGAAAUUUAAUAGAAGCGAUAACUUACGUUCCCAUAAAAGAACACACGAGCCACGCGACAAAGCUAAAGUGAAUACUUGCUUGUGUUUAUACUGCGGACGUAGUUUUAACAACUCGUCCAACCUAAUCGUACACAUGCGUCGUCACACCGGGGAGAAACCCUACAAAUGUGAUUUCUGUGAUAAAGGGUUCCCAAGAUCAUCUGAUCUUCAAUGUCAUAGAAGAUCCCAUACUGGGGAAAAACCAUGUGUAUGUGGUAUUUGUGGGAAAGGUUUCUCCCGCAGUAAUAAAUUGUCACGGCAUAUGCGUGUUCACACUGGUGUUAAACCGUAUAAGUGUACAUAUUGUGAAAAAGCAUUUUCACAGAGCAAUGAUCUGACACUCCACAUUAGACGGCACACGGGAGAUAAACCGUACAUUUGCGAGGUGUGCGGCGAUAGAUUUAUUCAGGGCACUGCGUUGCACAAUCAUCGACGUACCCACGGCCAUUUCCCGGCAUCCUCAACGGACCAACAUAUACAGUUACAAAGUGUUACCUACACAGUUCAUAAUAUUACUCAACAGGAUUUAAAUCAAUAAACUUGUAAAAUUUUAAAAUAAAUUUUAUCAUGUUAUAUUAUAAAUAAGAUGUAUUAUAACAAUAGUUGGAAUAAUAUAU